UUGUUUGUUGAGCUCAUGAGCUAGCCCACUAUUCAAAGACAAGUACCACUGUACCGGUAAAUUAGUUAGUAGUCAUUGUCGAGAUGCCCUGAGUUUGCUUUGCUUCACUACAGUAUCAUCAUCCAUCAUGGUGGCUUGGUCGCAAUUGGCGGCCACCGCCGCAACGCCUUCUCGAAUGGCUCUGCUUUCGUGUAGUGCGGCUGGCGUGGCUACUUUGUGGAUUGGUGCGAGGGCACUGUCCUCUGGAAGAACAAGCCGGCGUGACCUAGGCAUUCAGACUGGUGAAAAGGGGCGCAGUGAAAAGGCAGCUGUUGACGGUGUAUUCUUCAAGCGGAUUCUUCGCAUUUUAAAGAUUCUCGUUCCAAGAUGGUUUUGUGCUGAGGCCGGAUAUCUUGGCCUUGUGGCUGCUGCGUUGAUUGCACGGACAUACUGUGAUGUAUGGAUGAUCUCCAACGGUACGGCAAUUGAAGCGUCUAUCAUUGGUCGUAACCUGGAUUUGUUCAAGAAAAACAUCUUCCACUUCAUAACAGCCAUGCCGAUGAUUGCCAUCAUUAACACCUCACUGAAGUUUGGUCUGAAUGAGCUAAAACUACGAUUUCGCUCGCGCUUAACCCGACACCUCUACCAGCAGUAUCUUCAGGGAUUCACCUACUACAAGAUGUCAAAUUUGGAUAACCGCAUUGCUAAUGCUGAUCAGCUUCUUACACAGGAUGUGGAAAAGUUCUGCAACAGUAUUGCUGAGUUGUAUUCUAAUGUCAUCAAGCCAAUCCUGGAUAUCGCAAUCUACUUUCAGAAACUUGCGGGCAGUAUUGGGUUGCAGGGUCCCAUGAUCAUGCUGGGCUAUCUAGCCUUCUCCGGCAUGAUUUUGACCAGACUUCGGCGACCUGUUGCCCGGAUGACGGUGGGAGAACAGCGUUUAGAGGGAGAGUUCCGUUUCGUCAACUCCCGCUUGAUCACAAACAGUGAGGAGAUUGCUUUCUACCAGGGCAACCGCCGAGAAAGCAUCACUGUGCACACCGUGUUUGAUGGCCUGGUGGACCACCUUCGAUCCUUCAUCCAGUUCCGCUUCUCAAUGGGAUUCCUCGACUCGGUGAUUGCAAAGUAUGUUGCAACUGUUGUGGGCUACUCGGUUGUCAGUCGGCCAUUUUUGGAUCUGAAAGAUCCGAGACACAUGCACAGCUCACACUCUGAGAUUAUGAAGGACUACUACAAGAGUGGACGUAUGCUUGUCAAGAUGGCAGAAGCUAUUGGUCGCCUGGUCUUGGCCGGGCGCGAGAUGACUCGAUUGUCUGGAUUCACAGCACGUGUCACACAGUUGAUGGACGUGUUGGAUGAUCUGAACCGUGGUGUCUAUCAGCGUACUAUGGUCACCACCAGCUCAUCUUCAUCAGAAGAGCCGGCCCCAGCGCUUGUACCAGGCAGCGGUGAAAUUAUCGAGCAGGACCACAUCAUCCGGUUUGAGGACGUCCCACUGGCAACACCUAAUGGUGAUGUACUCGUGAAAGAUCUUUCAUUCGAGGUUCAGUCUGGUAUGAAUCUGUUGAUCUGCGGUCCCAAUGGCUGUGGCAAGAGUUCCCUGUUCAGAGUGGUCGGCGAGCUAUGGCCUCUGUUUGGUGGUCGGGUCACCAAGCCCAACAAGAGAAAACUGUUCUACAUUCCUCAGAGACCAUACAUGACGAUUGGUACUCUGCGCGAUCAGAUCAUCUACCCGGAUAGCAAAGAUGAUAUGGUGCGCAAGGGUAUCACUGACCAGCAGCUAGUUGCUUUCUUGGAGCAGGUACAACUGACAAACCUACUGGAACGUGAUGGACAGUGGGAUGCUGUUCAGGAUUGGAUGGAUGUGCUAAGUGGCGGAGAGAAGCAACGUGUUGCCAUGGCUCGUCUCUUCUACCAUCGUCCGCAGUUUGCUAUUCUGGACGAGUGCACCAGUGCAGUUAGUGUGGAUGUGGAAGGCUUCAUGUACAGUCAUUGCCGAGAGGUUGGAAUCACACUCUUUACUGUCUCCCAUCGCAAGACCCUCUGGAAAUAUCAUGAGCAUGUGUUGCAAUUUGAUGGCCGCGGAGCGUACGAAUUCCGCCAAAUUGACUCGUCAUCUGAGGAAUUUGGUUCUUGAAUCCAUGAUGUGUAAAUGCUUGCCUGAAUGAUUCGUGUACAGAGAAUGUGUUCUCUCAUCGCCACUGCCAUCAUGGUUGCAAGGUAGACGGCCUUCCUCCAUUAUCUAUGUGUACUCUACUACUCUUCCUAUCAUGUAAAUUAUGAACAGGAGUGCAACCCGGGACAUGUGUACUUGCAGAGGAAUCAAGACAUCCCUGAAUGCCCUCACACAUGUAUACACACUGGACAUGUUUCAUUUAUUCGACUGUUGCUUCCCACCACUAUUUUAUCCUUACAGUGAACUUAUCCUCUUUUCCGUAUGCGUCUCAUACUUUUCUACUUGGUACUGGUAGUACAGUAAUAUUCAUUUCAACUGGACAUGGGGAGGUUUACCUUGUUACAGUCAUGCCCCCCCCCCCCCCCUUCUCACCUGUUAGCAUUAGGUACAUGUACAUGUAGGUCUAGGUCAUAUAUUCAGAACAGUCACCAAAGCCAACCGUUCUGCCCUUGUGCCCAGUCACAGUGUACAUCUAGAUUAUAUAAUUAUUGAUUAGAUCGAUUUCCAGUCUAUUUUCAUUUCUUUUUACUGUUUUUUUUUCACAGCUGGUCAUUUGCAAUGUUCUCAGAUGGCCUAGGCUUGUGUGAUGUUGCUUGCCCAUCAAGUUCUCCAUGCAAUGAUGCGGCUCACUAAUGGAACAAGCACCCUGUCAAUCCUUUGGCGAUACAGAUGGUCAUCAAAAU